CCUGUUUCAAAAUUGCUAUAAUGGGGAGUGAGGAACUGGAUACAGAUCUGUUUACGAAUUGGGUUAGAGGCUCAAAAGGACUAGAAUACUUACAGGAAGGUCUUCAAGAAUUUGUUGGAGAAAAGGUACUGCAAUGUCGUGACAAUUCCCUUCAAAAGAUAAUAUUGACAUUGCCAUCUGGAUCACCACAGCAGUGCAACCUGUGUACGUCACAUAAUCUUUCUCCGGAUCAUUACAACACUACAAAGGCAUGUAGCAGACGCACAUGUACCCAGAAGAGUCCGACCAACUGUUUUGGAAGCAGACCUGUAGGGCGUAGGAAAUGCCCUGGUGGUAUUUGUAGUAAAUUCUACGACUCAAUUAUACAUGAGCAUGUAUUUGAAGACCCCUUAUGGAAAAACACUGACCCAAGCACGUGGUGUUCGGAUCCUUAUGGGUGGAGUUAUGCAAAAUGUUUCCAAACAACUAAAGGUCCAGGGACAUCAGCUAAAGAUACUGAUGCUGCUGGUCUCUUAAGCAUUAUUCUAAACAACAAGUCAAUGCAAAACUUUGUGUCCAGUAUUAACCCUCAUAACAAUACUAGUUCGUUUCAUUUGACAAGAGAUAUCCGAAAUAGAAUCUUACAUAGCUCAAAGCUUGAAAUAGACGAAACAACUGUGUGUUCUUAUUUAGACGCGUUCAUUGUAGUUCUUCAAGAUCCAAAGUGUCUGAUUAACGAUGAGGCAUCAAAGAAAGCGGUUCAUAAACUAACACAGUUAAGAAACAACACGAUUCACAUAAGCCAAGGAGAUACAGUGUCACUUCUUGAGAACAGAAAUAAGGCGUUAACCGAACUUGACGAAAGAACAGCAGAAUCAUUGCGUAAACUUGAUAUGAAAGCAUUAGCUGUACGGAAUACAUUAAAAGUAGAUGUUGAUGAAUUUAAGAAUGCCGCUUUAGUUGAUGUUGGAAACGCUGGAAUAUCGGUAAAGCAAACACUUAUAGCAGAGAUUACCACAGCCGGGAAACAGGCAAUACAAGACAUUGCUGGAAAUACUACGGAUAAUAUAUCUAAAAUUAACGCAACCGGGGAUCAGGCAUUACAAGACAUUGCUGGGAAUACUAUUGAUGGUGUAUCUAAAAUAAACACAGCCGGGGAUCAGGCAAUACAAGACAUUGCUGGGAAUACUACUGAUGGUAUAUCUAAAAUAAACACAGCCGGGGAUCAGGCAAUGCAAGACAUUGCUGAGAAUACUACUGAUGGUAUAUUUAAAAUAAACAAAGCCGGAAAACAGGCAUUGCAAGACAUAUCCGAGGCAACUAUCGAUAUUGAUGGACGGAAAAGUCAAGCUAUCUCCGAUAUUUGUAAUGCAAAAGACGAUGUUUUAUCUGCAAUCACCAAGGCUGGUAAAGAAGCAAAAGCAGAUGUUUUAAUGGGGGCUAGUGCUGCUUCGUCUGAUAUAAGCGGACAUGCUGUUUCAAGAAAAUCUUUUUUCCAAAAAGGUUUUAUGAAGCUCAAAAGUGUGUUCAACUCUUCAAGUCCAAAAUCACCCUUUAAGGGAUCGCCAAGCCGAUCAAAGAAAGCUUCAAAACUGAAGGAUGAACUUAUUACAUGGUACAAAACCAAUCAGAGUACAGUUCCUCUUUCACCACUCACAGAUGCUGUCCCUACCCCUCUAGCCGGAUUCUACAUUAUGCCAGAAAUUGACAUACAGACUUAUAAGGCUGGUGGAGGGAGAGAAACAACUAGAGUCGAGUCAUUACAGGACCUGUUUAUAUUAGGUAGAAAGAUUUCACAGGAAAUAUACUUAUCAGCGGUCGCUGGAUUUGGGAAAACAGCAUUUUCAAAAUAUCUCGCAUUGGCAUGGUGUCAAGCUCAUCAAAAGGAUGAAAAUUAUAAGCAUUUUAAAGAAAAGGAGUUGAAGGCAUUAUCUGGCUUUGAUUUUUUAUUUCUAGUGCUAUUGAGAGAUUCAGUUAAAGUUUGUAAUGUUGACGACAUGAUUGAGGAACAACUCAUACAAAAUCUCCCUUGCUCAUCUUCAGUGCCAAAGGGUUUUUUAAAGGACAUUCUACAUUAUAAAAAAUGCCUUGUUAUAUUAGAUGGACUAGAUGAAUGGACUCAUCCUGACAACAAUUGUUCAAGAUUUCCUAAAAGUAUUCCACAUCGUUAUGCACGUGAAAAGUGUGUAAUCUUAACAACUACUCGGCCAUGGAAGCUUGGAAUGUUAAACUUGAAUCAAAUAGGCGAAACAGUAGAGCUAGUCAAACUAAAUAAAGUCAGUGCCAGGCAGUUUAAGUGUAACGCAAUAAAAACGUUGAAUAAGAACUUAAAAGAUAGUGAACUGAAAAAUGAAGUGUGCAGAUUUGAAGAAGCAGUCAGUGACCAUGACCUUGAGGAUAUGGAUUCAACCCCUCUCAUUUUACUUUAUCUUAUAUGUUUAUGGGUUCAAAAAAUUCCAAUAGGAAAUUCAGCAGUCGAAUUAUAUACAGGCAUUAUUCAGCUCCUUCUAUUUAGAACAGAAAAAUUACAUGGAAUGUUUCAUUCAUCGUGUAAAACACCUCCGAGUUAUGUCCCUGAAUGUUUCAGAAAACAUAAACAUUUCUGUAGUUACUACACGUUUCUGUUGACCAUUGGAAAACUAGCUUUUUAUACAUUGUUCAGUAAGACAAAGGAGCACACAUUAGUUUUUGAUGAAAAUAUUGCUGAAAAAUAUCUUAACCAAGAAGAUUUGAAAUCAUGCUGUCUAUCAGGAAUAUUAUCAGAAAGUAAAGUGAAAACAUUAAUAAAUGAAAGUUUUAGAAUCUCCUUUUCACAUAAAACAGUGCAAGAAUACUUUUCAGCAAUAUUUGUAAGUUUUCAAAACACAAGUGAAGUCCAGAGAAUCUUUUAUGAAGAGUGCCAGUGUUUACAAAAUAUUCUUGACAUGUCAAAAGUGUUUGUCUUCAUCAGUAACAUGAACCCUAAAUUAAUGUCUGCAAUAUCAAGUGAUUUAAUGCCUGUGAUAAACAAUGAUGAAAUAACAAUCAAAUACAGAACUUUGACAAUAUAUGAUUACAUGUACAUUAAGCCAUUGCAAGAAAUACAAGACAUGUACAUUUAUUGUGCAAAAGAAAGAAAGGAAAACAAAGACCUCCAAUUGUGUUUACAAGAUUUCAUCAUUAAUGAGAAAUGUAAACAAGAAAACUACUUCAAACAAUUACAAUAUCUGUGUCAACAAAAUAAAGAAAACAUAAAAUCAAUAAUGAUAGAAAAUGAAGGUAUUUAUGGUCUACAAGAAAUUAUCAAAUUAUUUACAAUCUCUGACCUUCCACAUAUAGAGAAAUUAUACUAUGAAGGUGAAAUUGUAGAAGAGGAAAUAAUGAGCUUGUUAUUGAACCCUUUAAAAUGUUUAACUAUGUCUACAUGUAAAUGGGAAAAUCAUAAAUUUGUAGGAAAACGUUGCCGGCUAUCUGCAGAGAUAAAUGGACGACUGGUAAAAUUACAACACCUGGAGUGUUUACAUAUACAAGGUUUCACUAUGACCCACAAGGUAAUGGAGACAUUGUUAAAUAUUCUCACUAGUAAAAAAUCAAUGAAAGAAAUAAAAUUGUACAGGUUAUACUGUGGUGAUCAUGAUACUUUAUGUAGGGGAUUCAACCUUGACCUGUCUCAACAUUCACAACUAAGAUGUUUAGGAUUUGGCAUGAUACCUGUGUCACAAUUAAACAUGGAUGUAUCGUUAUUAGAGGAAUGUGAUGUAGGUAAAUUAUAUAAACCUGGUUUUGUGUCAUCUUAUCUCAAUCAACUACCAGCAGCCAGAAAACUACAAAAACUUGAGUGUAGUUAUCUAGAACUUUCUAGUGACAUAGACACAAUGGUACAAACAUUACCAUUGUUACAUCAUGUGAAAGUAGUUACGUUACAGAGAAUCAAUUUAGGUGAACGAUUAUUAACACUGUCACCUCAAAUGAUCAAUAUUGAACGUGUUAACUUAUAUAAUAUAACAAUGUCUUGUUCAGUGUUGCAUGAUCUCAUUACUGUUAUUAACAAACUGUUACAAACAGUGACAGUAUGGCUGGCAGGUUGUGAUAUAAAACCAGAAACAGAAUUUGAAAAGUUUAAAACAUUUAUAAAACACUCAGACAAUUUUGUGGUCACCGGUGAUGGCACAAUGAGGUCAGGAGUGUACAGUUUUGAGUUCAAAACAACAACAAACUUGAUAAAUCUUUAAAAUGUGUACACAUAAUUUGACAGCUUGGAUUAUCUUCUGGAAGUGUGACUGAUGUUUAUUUAUA